GGAUGCCCGGUUGCUGGAAUGGAAUCUCCCCUUUUAGGGGCCUGGGGUCCUCAGGAUUGCCGAAGCCUCAGCAAGACCUGAAUGGGUUGCAGCCCCCCCCCUUUCGGGAUAAAGUGGGGAGGGGGCCUGCCUGAACCUUCCCUGGUAGCAGAUCCUGGGAUUUGGGUCGGUGGGGGGGAGAGGUUGUUUGUGGGAAGGGGCUGUGCCUGGACGGGCCCGGAGUCCCCUUUUCCUGGCCAUGGCUGGGCUGUGGGUCGUUUCCCCCCCACCCCCACCCCUCCCUCUCAGGUAUGUCCGAAAGAGGAGGAGGCUGCCUGACAGUCCCUGGAUUUGAGAGACGAGAAGAGAAUCCAGGCUCUUCUGCCACUUCAAUGGUCUCCAGGAAGCUGAUUUCCAAGAAGAGCCGAAUGAUUCAUAAACAUGGAAUCAAAACCAGCCCUUGGUCACUUCCUGCCUGUGGUUGGUCUUCACCCCGGAGGGAAAAACAGCUCUGAACUGCCUGUGAACUUUAGAGAUGAAUUGAAGCCAAUAGCAAUGGCGCUUAGACUUCUAUGCCGCUUUACAGCCCCCUGUGAGGGGCUUCAGGAGUCGGCCUAUGGCCCACAACUAUCUGGCUCCUCGGUCUAUUGACUUUGGAAGGACGGGAAGCUGAGUCAACCUUGAGCCGGUCAGGAUCGAACUGCCGGCAGUCUGCGGAGUUAGCCUGCAAUACUGCAUUCUAACCACUGCACCACCGUGGCUCAAUGAUGUGGCUCCAUCUUGUUGCUGGAAUGUAGUUGGUCAGACAAGAAUCAACAACAAUUUAUUAUCUAUCUAUCUUGAUAGGCUGGCAGGCUUCCAGAGCAGCCUCGUUGCUGUUUCUUUUGUGCUUGAACGAAGCUGCGCCUCUAAAUUACCAGCGACACCUAAAGAAUCGAGUCCUAAUAAUUACAAUAAUGGCUUAUCACAAUGCUCUCCGAUUCUUAAGUCGCCGUGAACAAGACGUCUUUGGAGACUGAGCUACCCUAAGUGCAGAAGGAGCGGGAAAGGAGGACUUGGUGCCAAUGCAGCAGCAAAAAAGACAACCAGAGUUAGUGGAAGGGAAACUUCCCGUCUUUGUUUUUCCUACCGAACUCAUAUUUUAUGCUGAUGACCAGGCGAAGCACAAACAGGUGUUGACUCUCUACAACCCUUAUGAGUUUGCCUUAAAAUUCAAAGUUCUAUGUACAACUCCAAAUAAAUAUGUCGUGGUGGAUGCGGCUGGCGCAGUGAAGCCUCAGUGCUGCAUUGAUAUAGUGAUUCGUCACCGAGAUGUCCGACCUUGCCAUUAUGGAGUGAUCGAUAAGUUUCGGCUCCAGGUCUCUGAGCAAAGCCAGAGGAAAGCCCUGGGAAGGAAGGAAGUGAUUGCUACUCUGCUCCCCACUGCGAAAGAGCAGCAGCAGAAGGAAGAGGAGGAGAAGAGGCUGAAGGAGCAUUUGGCCGAAAGUGUAUUUCUGGAGCAGACUCUCUGUCAGCCGGAAAACAGAAUUGCCUCAUCGGGGCCUAGUUUACUCACCGUCUUUGUGGGAAUCCUGUGCAUCGCUGCUCUUAUGCUUCCCACAUUGGGAGAAUUGGAUUCCCUGGUGCCUCUCUACCUCCACUUGAGCGUGAAUCAGAAGUUAGUCGCUGCUUACGUAUUAGGUCUUAUCACCAUGGUUAUCCUAAGAACAUGAGUGAUAUUUUAAUGGGAUGCGGAAAGUCUUUUUUUAAAGAAGGUGUUAUAAAUUCACGUCAUGAAUGUGAAUUGCCUUUGACUCGCAUUGAGCUCACUGAGAUGCUGUGGAAAAACCUAUUCAGUGAUUUACAGUAUGGGUUUUUUUUAAAAAAAAGAAAAAAAGCAAUGUUUUAACUAUGUUUAACCGAAACGAUUCAAGCCUUUGGCCACACUUCUGUUACGGAACAGCUCUAAAAUGCUCAGCGAUGAAACGAAUUCGGAGCGCAUUUUUAUCUUUGCAUCCACCGGGCGGAAUUCUUUUAACGCAAGAAACCGUUUCUGUUGCUUUUUUUUUUUUAAAGAAAAAUAAUCCACCUUGCCCCACCUGUUGUCUGAUCGUCACGAACCCCCAGUGGACGCGCCUGCAAUGUUAAUUCCUCGUCUUCUCCUCCCGUGUCAUGUGUUGCCACUAGCGCGAAGUGACUUUUGCGUAGCGCUGCCGCUUCUCAAGAUGGCAGAAGGUUAUUCGGAACGGAUUACCUGACGGUGAACGUUUGAUAAAAGGCCGGGGGGGGGGGCAGGAGGCAUCGUGUUUACAUAGCGAUCUAGUUUGCUGACGGAUCCGUCACCGGGGCAAGAAAACGGGGCUGCGCUCGCCAUUUCUGUCCAGUUCCGUGGCCUCCGUUCUUUGCCAUUCGGGCUUACCCGGCUCAUUUUCGGCCAAGGUGUUCUUAACCCACCUCCGGGGUGGGAUGCGGACUAACAUUCCCUUAACUGGCGCCGACGACCUCAUUACGCAUCCAAACUUAAGACAGCGCUUCUGCCCCUGCCCCUCCCCUUGCGUGCAAGAUGUGCUCGGUCUCUUCGCACAAAAACGAAAACCCAGAAACUUGACUUUGAGAAUGGAUGCUUCUUGCAUCAUUUUGUCCCUUGGAAUGAAUGAUUGUCCACUCGGGCGCCUUGUCUAAGGAAACACGUUGUUUUCUUUCCGGGACCUGGUGGUUCUGUUUUUAAUCCCUUCCUCCCUCGUCCACCCUCGUCUUUUUUUCUUAAAAGGUCUAAUGCACUUUGACUCUGUAAGGAAUGUUUUUGGAGGAUUAAACCUUUGCACCCGCU